AUGCUUCUUCGUCCUGUGCGUCUACAGCCUCCGAGGCCACGGGGCAAAUAUGUGGUGGCCCUUGUGCUAAGCCUGGAGAUUUGGAAGCUUGCGCUCAGUUUCACAUUGUGGAAGGGGACCUUGCCAUCGGGUUUGGCAAGGUCAAAGUCAAUCCGAAGAUCGAUCCCGACUCCACAAGAAUGGUUGCAAAUUCAUUUGCAUCAUAGUGCACAAAUUGGUGCGGUAGAGUCGGUGGAAGUUUUAUUGAAAGCUGGCGCCAAUCUAUCUGAGCCAUCUCAUGCUGUUCCGCCCUUUGGGGCCACACCAUUGUUGAGAGCUGCUCUUGGAGGACACGUUCCAGUGAUCAAGAUGCUCCUUGAGGCUAGAGCAGAUCCCAAUCAGCUGUGCGAAGUGUUCGUGGGAGGGGCGUUGGGCUGCUCAAGCAACAAGAGCAUUGUUGAGAGGCCAAUUGAUUGCGCAAUGGGUCCUGCAGGGCCUGAGGUGGUGAAGCUGCUUCGGGCUUAUGGUUCUUUGCCCAGCAGUCAGCCUAAACCCGAUCAGUAUAAGUGGACACAGUUGGCUGAUCCUCACAAAGCAUGGAUUGCUUCAACUCUGAAGAUAGAUCCGUUGCCUUCUAUGGCGAAGCGAGAGCGAUCGCGGUACGUCUCUGUCAAGGGUCAACCGCUACUGCCUGAAGAUGCAGUAAAUCUCCAUGAUGAUCCAGGAGAAGAACUCCUGGAACAAAUGGAAAAGGCUUUGGCUUCGUUCUUCCAGACCGAUGAAGUGAUAUUGAUUCCAGGAGGGUCCAGCAGUCGAUUGACUGACCUGGAAUCAAGCGAUUGGGACUACUACUUCGAUGUACCUGGAACUGUUGUCACGGCUGAGCAAAGAGACAAAUUGUUGACACACUUAUGUGACACAUUGAGCUGCUCAGGGAAGUUAUCCCCUAGAGGCAUUGCGAUCCAACUGCAGGUGGAUGAUAUUUCGCUUGAGCUGGUACCCCUCAGUGCAUCCUAUUUCGAUUGGGAGAGCGUGGAGUUUCCGCGUUUUCUGGGAUCCACCAACAGAUCGAAGAAUGAUGCAUCUCUUCAAUUGUUCCUUUCAGGGAAUGAAGGAGCACGUGUUGUCAUCCGUGAGCUCAAAGCAGCCUUCGCUGAUAGUUUGGUGCCCAAUUUCCUCCUCGAACAUUUGGUGAAACGCGUUGCUAUGAUGUCAAUAUGCCAUGAACCGGGCGAAGGAUUUGUAAUCAGAUGGUCAUUGCCGGGCACAUACGGCCUGCUAUGCAACAUAUUUGCAGAGUUGGCGAGCUUUGAGAGCAACUUGGUGAUGCAACCGCUAGUGCCGCCAGCGUCUUCCAAAUGA